AUGGCCACCAUGAUGGACGUUGUGAAAGUGCCUUCUUCUUUGGGAGGGACGCAAGUUCAAGCGGAAAUCAACCCAGAAACGGGCUAUGUCACGAAUAUUGACGAUAUCAGAGAGGCAGAAUACCCCCAGCUAAGAGAUACGACUUAUCUCGACCAUGCAGGGACAACGCCGUAUGCAAAGUCCUUGAUCCAGAAAUACGCCGAGGAUCUGACAGGGAGCUUGUUCGGCAAUCCACAUUCCGCCUCAGCGUCGUCUCAACUGUCCUCUCGUCGCAUCGACGAUGCUCGCCUCCAGGUCUUGCGCUUCUUCAACGCCGAUCCCAACAAAUUCGACCUGGUCUUCGUUGCUAAUGCGACGGCAGCCAUCAAGCUUGUUGGGGAGUCUUUCCGAGACCAUGCUCCCGGCUUCAGUUAUUGUUAUCAUUCGGAGGCCCAUACUAGUCUUGUGGGCGUGAGGGAGCUGGCGACAGGGGAGACGAACUGCUUUGCCGAUGACGGAGAAGUGGAGGCGUGGCUGGAAGGGAUGGAAAAUAAAUCAUCCACCGUGAAGGCGGAUCUGUCACUUUUUGCCUAUCCCGCUCAAUCAAACAUGACCGGCCGCCGGUUGCCCCUGAAAUGGACUCAAAGGAUACGCGACGCCACACAGUCUCCAGACCAAACCGUUUAUACUCUUCUCGAUGCUGCCGCCCUGGUAUCAACGGCUCCACUCGACCUUUCAGAUGACACAACAGCACCGGACUUCACGGCAUUGAGCUUCUACAAGAUCUUCGGCUUUCCGGACCUAGGGGCGUUGAUAGUGCGGAAGUCCUCUGGCGACAUCCUCCGACGACGCAGGUACUUUGGCGGAGGAACGGUAGACUCAGUCGCAAUGUUAGGCGAAAGCUGGCAUGCGAAGAAGAUCCCGGCGUUGCACAGCAGUCUCGAGGACGGGACUGUGGCCUUCCACAGCAUCCUUGCCUUGCAGACGGCUCUGGACGUGCAUAGGAGACUGUACGGGUCAAUGGAGAAUGUCUCGAGGCAUGCCAAUUUCCUGGCUUCUAUGCUUGAAGAUCAGCUCCGCAACCUCCACCACGCCAACGGAAGCAAGGUCUGUGUCAUCUACUCUGAUGAGCCAGUGCUUUCUUCUGCGCAAGGACCGACGAUUGCGUUGAAUCUGAUGGACAGCCACGGCCGAUACAUAAGUAACUCGGAGGUAGAGAAACUUGGCAUUGUGAAGAACAUACAGUUUAGAACCGGCGGUCUCUGCAAUCCUGGCGGCAUCGCACGCGACCUGGGGCUUUCCACCGACGAGCUGCGGCAGAAUUACGCCGAAGGCCAACGUUGUGGGGAUGAGAACGACAUCAUCAAUGGCAAACCAACGGGUGCAAUUCGGCUGAGUCUGGGUGCGAUGAGCAAUCUAAAAGAUGUGGUGGCUUUUAUCGAUUUUAUCAAAGAGUUCUACGUGCACCACGGCAGACCAGUACAGCCAGUAAGACAUUCCUCAGUGGCUGGUCCGACUCCGACGCAGCAGGGUUUUGUGGUAGAGAGCCUCUCGGUCUUUCCCAUCAAAAGUUGUGCGGCAUAUAGAGUCCCUAGCGAUGUCCUGUGGGGAGUGGGUCCAAAAGGACUUGCUUGGGAUCGAGAAUGGUGUUUGGUACACGAGGGCACUAACGUUGCGCUGAGUCAGAAGCGCUUCCCAAGGAUGGCGCUCAUUCAACCCGAGAUCGAUCUCCAAAGGAGCGUCCUUCGGAUCUCGUUCGUACCCGAGUCGUCGCAAAACAAGAAAACGCUGGACCUUAGUCUGGACUCGCGUCCUGUACGCGCGGGCACCAUUUCUACAUGCGAACGCACCACCAACAGGUCAUCCAAUGUAUGUGGCGAGAAUGUUGAAGUUCACGUGUACACUUCUCCCGAAGUGGUGGAAUUCUUCACCGAAGCGUUAGGGGUCCCCUGCACCCUUGCGAGGUUUCCAAACAAUGGCACCAUCAGACAGGCGAGAGUGCGAGUGCCCGGGAUGCAUCGUGGGAAACAAGCCACCGAGGUUGGAAAAUCAAUCGCCUUGUCCAAUGAAAGCCCCAUCUUGCUUGUUUCUCGUUCCAGUGUGAACCGCCUCAAUGAGCAGAUCAAGCAGAACGGUGGCGUCGGCAAGGCUGUCACAGCCGACUCUUUCCGUGGCAAUGUGGUCAUUGCUGAAGAACUUGAACGGGGACAGAUGGAGACGCCAUACAUUGAGGAUGAGUGGACAGGCGUACGGAUUGGAGAGAAUCCCGCGAACGUUUUUGAAGUUCUGGGGCCAUGCCAACGUUGUCAAAUGGUCUGUGUAGACCAGAAAAACGCACAACGGAGGCAAGAGCCUUUUAGUACCCUGGCGAAGACGAGACGAAAGGAAGGCCGAGUUUGGUUUGGCAUGCACAUGUGUCUGAAACCGUGUGGCGCGAUAGAGGAUUUGUCUCACUGCCCGCCUGUUCGCAUCAAGGUUGGAGAUCGAAUUACGCCAUGGACAACAAGCUGA